AUGGCGUUCAUCUUAUCAUCGCCCAAGAUUCUUGACUGCGAACCCAAUGACGAGGUGGUGAAGAGCAUGAAGUUCGACAAGACGAACAAGUUCCUGGCGUCUCUGACUCGCUCUUGUCUCUCCAUCUGGGGAGGAAAAAUUGAGAGGGUCCUACUUGCUCAGCAUAUCAGGAGCAACAUGGAUGGGAUGGAUGGGAAUCGAGAAGUGAUAUGGAAGCACGGCAGCACGGAGCUUGCUGUGCUGACAGAGAGUGGAAGUGUUCUUUUCUAUUCACUCAUCAAGAUCCCGUCAUACUCCAUCCCUGCCCUGUUGGGAGACAUAGGCCUUGUGGGUCUGAUCUUGGAUCCAGAUGGCAAGUUUAUCUCUUGCAUAGCGAGGGACAAAGUUGGGAUCGUUUGCGCGACGUCAGAAGGAGACCUCCUCCGAGUGUCGUGGUCCGGGUAUGUGAUGAUGCACAUGGAUCUCGGAGAUCGUCGCAUGCAAGCCCCGACAGGGGACGAAGGUAGACCUUGCAUGGACCUUGGCAGAGCUGAUCCUCCCUUCACAGACGCAGGGAUCGACGAAGAAGAAGGUUCGCAUGCUCCGGGAGCCGCGAGGCCGAGCAGGAGGAGCUCGCCGGUCAAGUCUGCCAAGGACAGGAGGCCGAUACCCAACGGCUACAUCCGGCAUCCUGCCGCUGACAGUGAGGCGGACUCCACAUUCUACAAGGUCCUCCGGCUCUACUACGAGAAGGUCCACCCAGAGAAGGUUCAGCAGGACCCGGAGUUCCUCCCCCGCAUCUGCAGGGAGUGGAAGGGACGCGAGGCAGAGCUCGUCGCCCGCCUCUACCGCAAAUAUGGCAAGCGGAUGGACGCCCUGAGCGCAUAUGUGCAGAUGGACUUCAGGAACCAUCCUGGAGAGGAGGAUGAAGAAG